CUGUCUCACCUCCCCAGGCCAGGUGCAGGGGGAGGCGAGGGGGGAGGAGGGAGGGUCAUUAUCCCCGUGAGGGUGGAGCGAAGGGGGAGGUGAAGCAAGCGGAUGAAGCAUUUGAAGCUCAUAUUGACAUGCUGCUCUGUAGGCUCCCGUGAGCACAGCCAUGGAUGGUGUGUUGGAAGGAGCAGUGGUGUUGUGUGCAUGUAAACUGGCCUGCAGUCUUCUGUUCCUGCCCUCUCUGGCUGCCUCCUACAGCCCCAUCAGCUUCUGCUGCUGCUGCCUCCUCAUCUUCACCGACUUCUUGGUCACAGUUUUUCUGACUUUCCUUUGCAUCUUUGAGUCCUGGCUGACUGAACUGACCUCACUAGGGGAUGUCAUCGCCCUGCGCUUCCUGCUCUUUCUCAGCCACACCUACGGAGCCGUGCUGCUCCUGACCACACCGCUGAUUGCUGUGGAGACUCUGUUCCGACUGCUGCUGCCUCGGAGGACGGUGGGCUCUGACGGGAAGGUAAACGUGGAGGAAGAGGACACCAACAACUCAGACGAAGACGGGAGGCUGUCUCAUGUUGUCGGCUACCUCUGCUGCCUGUCAGUGUGGGUCAUCGUUGCCGUCAAUGUCAGGUGGCGAUGGAAGCUGGAGGAAGUGUGGGCUGUUGCCUGUGUGCACGCAACCGACUCCCUGGUCAGCUGUCUGCCCAACCUGUUCAGCCCCAUGCCCAUAGCUGUGAGCCCCUGCUGGGCCAUGGCCUUCCUCUUCCUCCUCCUCAUCCUCCUGACCAGCAGCAGCACAGGCCUGCACAGACGACAUCAGGGGGAGAGGACACACAAAGAGAAACGUGGAGUUGACAAUAAAGACGACUGCAGCCUCAUUCCGGCGUCAUCUGCACCCUUCAAGCCUGUGAAUCCUGGGACGUCGUCGUUGCAGCCGGCUCAGUGUGUUGACCCAGAGAAAACAGAGAGCAGCUGCACCGUUCACAGAGCAUAUUCCUGGAACAGCGUGCAGAUGUCGGCGCGUCACCAUGGAGACUUUGUCCUCACCUCCCCCGGGUGUUUGUCCGGACCGAGGGGAGGACAGGAGCAGGGAAGGACAAAGAGAGGUGCACCCAUGACAUUUAUCACAGAGGAACAUGUGGACUCACAACACAGGAGCCGGUGUGGGUGGCGGUGGUGGGGUUUUCCCUGCCUGGGGGUGAACAUAAUGAUAGGGAUCGUGAGUGUGCUCUCCAUCUUUGUGCUGCCUCUCAACCUCAGCGUGAAUAUUCUUCUGAUCAGGACUACAGAGGCUCUGCUGGAGCUGUUCAUCAGGUCUUUAGUUUCAUCUGCAGCGAGCACAAGAGACACAUCAGCCUCUCACAAUGAAACACUUGUUUAAAGGGAGAUAAAGGUGGAGGCUGGUUGGUGGUAUUUUGCAACGGGAUCAUCAGAUUAAUGUUACAUGUGUGCAGACGGCGGGUCUACCUGCCAACACUGGUUUGAACGGGGUGUAAAUACACACUUGUGAGCAGCUCCACAUGUGAGGAAUAAUGUGUGCAAACUACUGAAAGGUGCUGAGGAGGCAGGUUGAGGCGUGCUUGGUGGAGAGACACUAAACCUGACUGCAACAGAUGGCUGCAGGGCUUUCCUUUGCUGUGCAGAGCAUUAGGAUCUGCAGCUAUUUGUCACUAUACACAAUGAGCUGCAAAACAAGCCUCUCCAGUUGAAAUAAGACCAAUCCAGGGGCAAACACUGUUUCGAAAGUUGAAAUAUGAAAUCUGCUGACACUGCAUCACUUAAAGCCUGCAUGAAAGCUGUGCAUGAAUAAAUACUGGAGUGACUUGA